AUGAAAGCAGACCAGCCUGCCGCCGCUGCAUCUCAACUGGUCGAAUUUGCGAUGGCCGGCAGUCUAGAUCCCGAAGAACAGGCCUGCUUCGACUGGUUCAUGAGAAGAACGACCACCAAGUUCGCCGGUAUAUUCAAAUCUCAGUUCUGGGAAUCGCUUGUUUUUCAAGCCAGUGCACAGGAGCCCGCCGUACGCCAUGCCGUCGUCGCCUUAUCCGCGGCCCAUCGCUUUGAUAUUAGCGCCGGCUCUUGGGUCCCGGCUAUAUAUGGCGUAGACGCCGAGCGAUUUACAUUGCAGCAGUAUAACAAAGCGAUUCAUCAUCUACGCAAUGCAAUGAUGAAGAGUAAUUUAUCAGGAUCGAGGCUGUCGAAUAAAAAAGCCCUCCGCGUUGCCCUCAUUACUUGUAUGCUCUUUGUUACGCUGGAGUAUCUUCGCGGUCAGUACAAAAUGGGUAGUGCACAUCUGCGCUACGGUAUCCAGAUCCUAGCUGAUAUUUCGGCGCCUAUGUCGCGAACGUCGAUGGCGCCAGGUGUACUUAGUCCGGCGGAGGACUUUGUGCAUGAUGCGCUUAUUGAUUCCUACGCAAGGUUGACGGUUCAAUCAGCUAUGUUUGGUCAUGUCCCGUCACAUCUUUGUGUGAUUGUUCGCGAUCCACAGGUUCAUGCACUACCUUACACAUUCUCCUCUCUUGUGGAGGCGAGACAGACCCUUGAUGAUUUACUUAAUCGGAUCCAUUGCUUAAAGCGAUACAUUUAUACACACCAUUCGCACGAAAAUGAGGAUAAGGACCUUGAAUACGGACCGGAAAAUGAUUUUAAAGCGUUCGAAACACAGCGCAAGAUUAUCGCGGAUUUGUCGCUCUGGAAGAAAGCUUAUAAUGCAUCCAUCUCUCUCCUCAAGGCAGAGUCUCAGAUGGAAAAGGUUGGGUUCCUGCUUCUGCGGGUGUAUCAUGAAAUGGCCGUGGUCAUGGCUUCAUUUGUCACGGUGAUGACGGCUUUCUUCGACAUGUGGCGGUACUGGUGUACGAUUAAUAUGUGCGUCAAGGAGAUAGACCGGUCAUUACAGAAUGGCAAGUCGAAUUGUGAUCGUUAUUCGUUCACAAUUGAGUCGGGCUUCAUCCCACCGAUGUACUUUACAGGUCUGAAGUGUCGUAUUCCGAGAAUUCGUCGCUUGGCGAUUCGGUUGUUGAGGGCAGCACCGCACCGGGAGGGCGUGUGGAAUGGCCCGCUGUUGGCAGAUGUUCUUGAAGAAGUUGCAGAGGUGGAAGAGGGUUUUUCUUACACAGAAAAUUAUUCUAAACAGGAUUCAGGUGAGGAAUUAUCUAAUGGUGAUUUUCAGUUUGGGAAACCGGAUUUGCCUUCGCCAGAGGUACGGGCCGAGUCGCGAGUUCAUGAUGUUAAGGUUCUCUUACCUGAUAUUGUUGGCGGAGACACAUUUAUGAGUUAUGAGCAGAAGGGGGAUGAUGGCCAAUGGGAAGCUUUUCAUCGAAAGGUCAAGAGGAAGGGCGUUGCAAAAUCAUGGGCGUUAUUUUAA